AUGCAUGCCGCUGAGGUCGUCGAGCAGGACGACAAUGAGGCCGAAGGGAGCGAUAGCGCGAAUCAAGAUGCGGCCCAAGGCUCCAGUGACGACAGCAACAGAGACAAUGCGGAUGACGAAGGCGAGAUCGACGAAGGCGAGAACGGAGAAGGCGACUCGAGUGAAGAUGAUCUGGUGGAAAGAAACAACGAGAACCUGCGGCAGAUUCUGCAGAACGAGACUGCUGAAUGGGUUCACAAUGAACUUGAUCACAACCCCGACUUCCCCUCCCUCGACCCAGAUCCCAGUUCAACCCCACCAUCUUCCUAUCGCAGUUCUCAACAUGCCACAGCUCGCACCCGGGAGUCCGAUAUCACAACCAAGAAGCAUUCUCGGAGCAGGACCAACCAUAUACCGCAGCGCAAGCCGGAGUCUCCCGGGGCCAGGAUCCCCGAUCGGAGGGGUCUGAAACGUACAUUGCGGACGGAUGAGUCGGGAUCAGAGGGCGAUAGUUAUCGGACCAAGUCGAAGCCGCCGCGCAAGAAGACGAAACAGCCAAUAUUCAUCGACAUACUGGACGACGAUACCUCAGACGAACAGCGCACACACAAGAAGGCCAGAUACGAAGAAAAUUCUUCUUUGGAAGAGGAUAUCGAGGAUCAAGAGAGUAUUGAACUUGUGCGCAGCAGCAGCGGUCAUUACAACCUUCUGGAGCAACCACUGCGCGUGAAACGCGUUGCUGAGGGGGCGAUCACUCAGAUCGAGUACUACCUCGUACUGAAGAACGCGUUCCCAGACGGCCCCACGAAGUAUAAUGUCGCCAUUCGCCAGAUUCUCGUUAAGAUCAAGACCGAUGCAAGCUACGCUAAGAAGAUCGCUACAAUUCCCGCACAACGCAUCCCGAUCUUCCGUGGGAGAGUCAAAUCCAACGUCACCGCACUCUCGGACGGUCUCUUCAAUGUGGAUAGUGAGGACGAGAAGAAGAUCGACUGGCUCAUUGAAAAGGAUCGUUUCAUUUACCGUUGCGAUUACGAGAACAACAUCGUGCACGGCGGAGAACCAUUCAGUGAUCCAAUAUUCGCAAAAAUGCUUCGUCUGUCAUUUUUCAAGAGGUCGUCACAUAUUGGAUACGCAGUCAUGGAUUCGCUGUCCUCGUCGGUUGCCAGCAAGCCCGAUGAGAAGGAGAUCUCCGCACCGAUGCUCGCACUUGUUGCCACAACGGUUUAUGCAGGACUCCUGGACUUGAAAGCCGGCAAAGAGCAGGAUUUCCGGGGGAACUUGUUUUCCGACAAGUAUGACGACGUUAUUGACGCUCUCAAGGAGAUACGUGAUCAGAACGUCAUGAAGUACCACUCUCUCAUGCACGACUUCUAUCAGACAGUGACAACAUCUAGUGGUAGAGAGGGUCGAUCCACUGCCCGCCGCUCGAACGCCAAGCAGACGUUCCUCGAUGUCUCUGCUAUGCGGGGGGGCUGA